AUGUUUUCCUCUAUCCACCUCGUGUGUGGGAUGCUUGCCUAUCAGAGCCCAAAGGUCAAGUACUUCGCCGUCGUCUACCCUCUGAGCCUCAACGCCGCCGAUCGCCGAGGGAAAAUCAUGCUCACAUUUGCUUGGUUUCUCGCCUUCACUUGCUCCCUGCCUCAGCCUCCACAGGUGGUCAUAUUCCACGUGGAGAAACACCCGGAUUUCACCUUCUACGUGCAAUGCGUCACCUUCAACUUCUACCCAUCGAGUCAUCACGAAAUGGUGUACCACAUUUUCUGUUUGGUGAUGCUCUACGUGGCGCCGCUCUCCAUCAUCAUCAUCUCUUAUGGUGCCAUUGUCAUCACCAUUUUCCAGAAGAGCAGACUGUCAGACGAUACCACCAUACGUCGAUCCAGCCUCGGCUACUUGGGGAGGGCUCGGGCACGCACCAUCAAGAUGACCAUCAGUAUAGUGCUCGCCUUUUUCAUCUGCUGGACACCAUACGUCGUCAUCAGUCUGUGGUUCUGCUUUGACAGGUCUGCCGCGGAGCUGUUAGACGUAAAGGUCCAAAAGGGGCUGUUUUUCUUCGCGUGCACCAACUCUUGUGUCAACCCUAUUGUCUACGGCAUUUUCAACUUCUGCAAGAAAAAACAGCCAAUACAGACGCAGACGUGGCGCUCGACGACCCUCAACACGCAGAUCAACUCCCGGGGGUUCGAGUGUCGAAGCCUGAAGUCGAGUCGAGUGUACUGGGGUCGACGCGAGCAGGAGUCGACGGCUACGAACUCCGAGGCAACGGAUCACACAGCUGAGCUCCUGCUGCCGAGGACGCUCAACUCCUCCUUCCGGGCCAGGUCUCACUCUGGCUCGGAAUCCGCCACGUCAAUCCACCUUCAAACACUCGGUUCUACGCCCAGUAUGGCUCGCAGGCAGAUCGCUGAACGUAACAACUGCGGGAGUUCGCCAUUAACAACACAGUACAGGAACGGCUCCUAUUAUUCUGCCCCAGGCAAGUCAAGAUGCCACGAAGAAAACGGAAAUCCAGUCUAACAAGGAUAUUCCCGUUUUCUGUAAUGAGUCAAGUUUCCCGUUCUCUUUGUUUGUUUCAGGUUUUUGUUGUUUUAUUAAGGGGGAACUGUUGUAAAAUAUAUGGUGGGGGAAGAGGUUAAUGAGUGAAGGAUGGAUAAGGAAGUGGAUAUUGUAGAUAAUGUGGAAGUUUUUGGAUCUAUUUGGAAAAUUAGAUUCAUCCAAAAGUGAAUACAAAUAGAAAUAGACAUGAUCUAGGAAUAUGUGGAGAUAUACAGUGAAAACAAUACACCGAUAUGAACAUAUGUGUCGGUGAAUAAUUUGAAGAGAUAAAGAAAACAUUAAGACAGAAUAUUGUGUAAAUAGUGAAGAUUAAAAAAUAAUAAAACAUUUAGUGCAAUAAAUAACCCCUAAGAGGACAGGGAAAAAGACUGAUAUAUGAUAGAAAAUAAAAGAAAUAAAGUAAAAUUUAAAACAGAUAAAAAAAAAAUCGUACAUGAAAACCGCAAUACCUGACUCAGUGAGUGAACAAAUAUACAUAUAUAUAACUGUUCAAUGUGGUUUAUGAUGUUGACCUAAACAUAUCAAUUUUCAGUACAGACAUUUCCGCCAAGGGGCUCUAUGAAACCCUUAAAAACGAUAUAUCUUUUUUUUUUUAACAUUUUCAGAGUGAUAUGAAAAUCUAUAUAUAUUAACCCACGCUCUCCAAACCAGAUGGCUUCGCACGUAAAAUCUGCCGUGAAUGUUUGUCAGCUUUUGUCCUUAAAAGUGUU